AUGGCGGCUGUUCCUAGAGAUAUUGACUCAUUCAAUUCCCGGAAACCAGUGCUCAGGCGCUACAAUGUGGAGCGAUCAUGCAUCCGAUGUCACGAGCGUAAAAUUCGCUGCGAUAGAAAGACCCCAUGCUCUACUUGCACCAAGGCCAAUGCGCAAUGUCAAUAUCCUGGCCCAGAGAAGGGUAGACGCCGUUCUAAAAGAGAGCAACAGUCACAACUCGUACCUCGAAUCGACGAGCAUGAUGACCACCUUGACGUUACAAGAUCGUCUCAGGAACUUUCCCCAGCCAUUCCAACCGGAAACCAAAAGACUCAGAAUGUGUCGGAAGGACAAUCACUGGAUUCGAAUCGGGGAUUUCUUCUAAAGGAUGGUGCAUCCACUCGAUAUAUAAAUGAGGGCCUAUUAUCGCAAGUAUUAGAAAAGGAAACUGAACUUCAAUCGGCAAUUGACACUCCGGGUAGUGUGGGCACCUUAGAACCGCGUGCACCUACCCUUGGAUUCAGGGGCCUCAUUUCAAUCCCCUGCAUUGUCACAACAGACCUAUCCACUCUCUACCCAUCACGAUGGCAGGCUACACGCUUGUGGCACGUGUGGUUGAACAAUGUCAACCCCGUCUUGAAGUUACUUCACAUUCCAACUAUACAGCCUGCCUUCUUUGCUGCAAUAAACAGCCCUGCCCAAGUAUCCGCAGAUUUUAGUGCUCUGCUCUUCUCAAUAUACUUUGCAGCAGUGACAAGCAUAGACAGUUCAGAAGCCGCUCUUAUUCUAGGCCAGUGUCACCAAGCAGCGCUCAAUAAUUUUCAAUACGGCCUUGAGUUAAGCCUCCAUAACGCAGGCUUUUUGGAUUCGCCAACCAUAGCUUCUGUACAGGCCAUGUCAAUGUAUUUGACGUGUCGCCGGAACCAUAACAGCGGUCGUUCCGGUUGGGCAUUGAACGGCCUUUUGGUUCGAGCAUCACAGUCUAUCGGGCUUCACCGGGAUGGUGAACAUUUCAAUCUUCCCCCUUUAGAUUGUGAGAUUCGUCGUCGGCUAUGGUGGCACGUUUCAGGCCUCGAUGGUCGUGUUGCAGAGGAUCACGGGAUUAUCAUCGGUGGUUUGGGGACACUCUGCGACACUAAGCUUCCUCUUAACAUAGAUGACGCAGAUUUGAUUGCUUGCAUGAAAGACCCCCCACAACCAAAAAAGGGAGCGACCGAAAUGUCUCUUUCUCUGAUAUUGGCCGAGUCAAAUGUGACUACGCAAGAGAUCCAUCACAUCAUGAGCCGAGGGCAAAAUGGCGACGAGAAAGUGGCUCACUUGAAGCAAAUUUUGCAAGACUUCAAAGCAAGAAUGGAAGAACAAUAUUUCCAGUACCUUGACAUUAACAUACCUAUACAAAGGUAUGCUCUUCUGUUAGGAAGAAUGCAACUCGCUAAAAUGGAAGUCAUGGCCCGCCAGCAAUAUCUUAGAGGCAAGUCAGUGGAGAAGUCUUCUGAGCUCGCGUGCGACGAAUCUCUAAUGUAUGCUAUUGAAGUUUUGGAAAAAAACAUCAUGUUGAAGACAGAUGAUCUUUUACGAAAUUUCCAAUGGCUUGCCAGCUCAUUUGCCCAAUACAGUGCCCUUACUCAUGUUCUCUGGCAUCUGUGUGUUUGGCCAGAGUCGCAAAACACUGACAAGGUAUGGAGUAUAGUUGAGAGAUCUUUCGAAUUAGAAGAACUUCCAAGCUUUCCAGGGCUAAAUCAGAAAUAA